AUGUCAACACAGUCCACAGUUGGAGCCGCUCUCGUUCAGAGCCCUUUUGAUCAUAACUCACGAUCACCUCCAAGUCUACCUUUUCCGCCUAAAAUAACGGUCCCGCUACCAUCAAACCUCAAUCCCAAAGAUUAUUUACCAAAGAAAAUUGCCGGCAGUAAGUCAUGUAAUGCAUUCAUGAUAUAUCGAAAAGUAUUUGUCAACGAGUUGAUCGCAAGACAACUUCGUUUCAAAAUGGUUGAGGUGUCGCGUUGGGUCAGUGCUCAAUGGAAAAAAGAAGACGAAGAUAUUAAAAAUGCGUAUCGUCAGUUUGCCAGGAAGGUAGACAAAAUGUAUCGAGAGAAAUCGGAAUCCAUUCCAAAACGAUUUGUUUUGCCUAUUAGAUACAAUGCUGCUCCCUAUCCUUCGACAAUACAGCACCGCCUUUUCGUUCCAGGUUAUACCGGACUUGCUUCCCCAUACUGUAUGCCAACAUCAACGACGGAAAAUUUUCAGCAUUACCCUAUAGGAGCAGAAACAUAUCCAAUAAAUUAUGAUACGUUAUUCCCAAUUUUUGGACUUAAUACCGUGAGCUCAACGAAUGGAGACGUUGCUUCUUAUUCUGAAGAUCUACGAACAAAUGCUGCUGUGCUUAGUGAAGAAAUUGGCUCGGCAGAUUAUAUUUCCCUGUCGCAAAAUAAUUGCGCUUCUUUAUCAUCGAGCUACGUGAACAGCGGGGGCAUGAACGCAAGUGGAGGGUCGAUAGUUGCACCACCAAGUCAAUUCCAAUUUAAUCAAAAAAGUUGUUAA